AUGAAUGAAAAUUUUUCUCAAGAAAAAGUUUCAAAUGAAAAUGUUGAUUUUGAUGAUGAAAAGAUUAAUAAUGAAGAUGUUAAUGUCAAUAAUGAAAAUGUUAACAUUUCAAAUGAGAAUGAGAAAGAAAAUGUCAUGAAUGAUAACAAUGAACAAUUUAUUCCACCUUUAGAUAUAUAUGAUCCUAGUAAUUGGGAUAAUCUUGAUAAUAACUUAAGAGAUAUUUUGAUUGAAAAAGGGCCAAUAAGAGAAUCAAAUUUUGUGUAUCCUAAAGAUAAUCUACCUAGACAUUUUUCUUAUGCUUCUUAUACUAGAAAGUUAAGUAAUGCAAAUGAUGGAUUUAAUGAUUGGAAACAUCUUUUUGAUAGACUUAAAGAACAUGAAAAUAGUUCCCAACAUCUUUUUUGUAUGGAUUCUUGGGAUGAACUAAUAGCAAGAUUUGAUAAGAAUAAAACAAUUGAUAAAGAUUUGCAAAAUAAAGUUUUAACUGAAAAAGAACGUUGGAGACAAGUUUUAAAAAGAAUAAUUGUUGUCAUUAAAUAUUUGGCAAAAUAUAAUUUGGCUUUUCGAGGUUGUAACGAAAAACUUUUUCAAGAAUCUAAUGGUAAUUUUUUUGGAGCAAUUCAAAUGAUGGCAGAAUAUGAUGUUAUAAUGCAAGAACAUGUAGAAAAUACAUUGGGUUUAGGACUUUUUAAUGAGUUAUUAAAUGCAAUUAAAUCUUAUGGUCUUAAUAUUGAUGAUGUAAGAGGACAAGGUUAUGAUAAUGGUUCUAACAUGAAAGGAAAACACCAAGGUGUUCAAAAACGAUUACUUGAAAUUAAUCCAAAAGCAUUGUUUAUGCCAUAUGCUUGUCAUAGUCUUAACCUCACGGUUAGUGAUAUGGCUCAUUCUUGUGCCAAAGCGAUUUCUUUUUUUGGAGUUUUGCAACGUAUUUUUGUAUUAUUUUCUAGUUCAACCAAAAGAUGGUCAAUAUUACUUGAUAAGGUCCCUAACUUAAUGAUAAAAUCUUUAUCUAAUACACGUUGGGAGAGUAGAAUAAAAAGUGUCAAAGCCAUUAGGUUUCAAGCUCGUCAUAUAAGGGAUGCCUUGAUAGAAUUAAGUUCAUCAUGUGAUGAUGCAAAGUCUAAAAGUGAAGCUGAAAGUUUAGUUAAUGCUAUUGAAAGUUAUGACUUUUUACUUGGUUAUGCCAUUAGUAUUGAUAAUGCUAAGGCCAUUGCAUCGGAUAUGGAAGUUGAACCUAUAUUCCCAAAAAAACGCCAAGUUACUAGAAAAAAACAAUUUGAUGAAAUUAAUUGUGAAGAUGAAUUACUAUCACCGGAAGAAUCAUUUAGAAUCGAGUAUUUUAUAUAUAUUGUUGAUGUGGCAAUUGCAUCAUUAGAGAGUAGAUUUGAGCAAUUAACAAACUUUGAAAACAUUUUUGGAUUUUUAUAUGAUUCAAAAAGGUUAAAGUCAUUGGAUGAUAUUGAACUUAAAAAAAGUUGUGCUGUUUUUGUAAAUAAGUUUACUCAUAAUAACUUAUGUGAUGUGGAUUUAAAUGAAUUUUUGACGGAACUUAAAGUAUUACAAAAAACUUUGCCAAAUGUUGUUAUGUCAUCGGUUGAAAUUUUAGAGUUUGUCAAAGGUAAAGAUUGUUAUCCAAAUGUUUGUAUUGCAUAUAGAAUCUUAUUAACCGUACCAGUUACUGUAGCAUCAGCAGAAAGAAAUUUUUCAAAACUAAAAUUAUUAAAAAAUUAUUUGAGAUCAUCAAUGUCACAAGAAAGAUUAAAUGGUUUGGCUAUGUUAUGCAUUGAAAAAGAUUUGUUGGAUAAUAUUGAACUUGAUUCUAUAAUUGAUGACUUUGUAUCUAAAAAAGCUCGUAAAUUUGCUAGACAAAAAGAACCACACCUGGAAGAAGAUUGUAUUAUUUCAAAAGAUUGGGAAGAGGAGUUCUUGCAUAGUGGCUCGGUUGGUGUUGGUCUUCAAUUCGUAUUACGUGGUCUGAUUUUUCGUUUAUGGGUUUCAAUUCCAAUCGAAGUUAAUGCCCUUGCAAGUUCAAAGCAUAAUACACCUAGAAAACAUCAUUGA